AACCGAAGAGAGGGAGAGAACCAUGGCGACUCUUUGCUCCCGUUUCAUCCUGAUGGUGGUGGUGGCAUUGGUUGUCUCAUCGGACGCAGGCUUGCUUAGUGGGGAGGGAGGCGACCAGCUGGGGUGGCUGCAUGGGCGGCGGGCAUGCGAGAGCUCCAUCGAGGAGUGCAUGGGAGGGGAGCAGAUAGGGAUGGAGUCGGAGAUCAACCGGCGGAUCCUGCAGGCGGCGUCGCAGUACAUCGGCUACGGAGCUCUGAUCAAGGGGAGCACGCCCUGCUCCGUCAGCGGCGCUUCCUACUACAACUGCCGCCCCGGCGCAGAGGCCAACCCUUACACCCGCUCCUGUUCCGUCAUCACCCGCUGCGCCCGCUCUUAGAGUCAACUUCUUCCGUUCCGUCUCCUGUUUUGUUUUCCUGAUCUUUUUUCGUUAACGUGUAAGAGAGUGCGUACGCAUUUAUGGUUUGCUUGUUCUAGUUGGCGGGGAACGUUCAAGGCGUAUGUAAUAUAAGAUAAAUCAGGAAGAUACUUGAUAAAACAGUCA